AAACAGAAAAAGAAAAAAUAAAUCUUUUUAUGUUGUUGUCGUCGUCUCCUUUUUUCUGGAAGCAACCCCAAUCUUCACUGAUCCGCGCACUUAGCACCGCUUCCAUUUGAUGGCGUUCGCUCACUACUUGCUCGCAGUUCCCGUUGAGCCCUCUCCCAACUUCCCGACAAACCCUCCCAAACCAAACCCAUCGCUGUCGUCGUCUUCGUCGUCGUCGAUUUCCUCACACUGUUUCAACCUCUCUUCGUCUCUCCGCCCCAAACACUCGCUAUUCUCCAGGUUCCGCAGGAUCUGUCACAAAGCAUUUGCUUUGAAUUCAGCUAAGGCUAAGCCGCAGGAACCUGAAGUGACUGUGGCGAGUGAUGCAUUUACGCAAUUCAAGCAUCUGCUUCUGCCUAUUACGGAUAGGAAUCCCUAUCUCUCUGAGGGUACAAGACAAGCUAUAGCAACCACCUCUGCUUUAGCUAAAAAGUAUGGAGCUGACAUUACUGUUGUAGUUAUUGAUGCACAGCAGAAAGAGUCACUGCCUGAGCAUGAGACCCAACUAUCCAGCAUCCGUUGGCAUCUAUCUGAAGGUGGGUUGAAGGACUAUAACUUGCUAGAGCGGCUUGGUGAUGGCAACAAGCCAACAGCAAUUAUUGGUGAUGUUGCUGAUGACCUUAAUUUGGAUUUGGUAGUUAUUAGCAUGGAAGCAAUUCAUACGAAGCAUAUAGAUGCAAAUUUGCUUGCUGAGUUCAUUCCCUGUCCUGUCAUGCUUUUGCCAUUGUAGUUUGCAUAUUUUUAAAGAUAGGAAACGGUUUUUGUUUCAUCUGCUCUGUCUUCUCUGAUGCAAUUUGAUAUUCCAUCAUGUUGUUUUUAGCAUUUGCUACUCCAGUGUCAGGGAUGUUUUGUUAAAAAUGUACAAGUGUGCCUGACUAAGGUGGGGUGUGUGUAUAUAUGUAUGCUGAAGAAUGACUCAUUUUUAUGCCUGGAAAGGAACCAUGUUAGAUUUUUAUUUUGGACACUAUUUUUUCUAAAAUGAUAAAUAUGAGAGGAAUUUGGAUCCUUUCAUCUGA